AUGGCGUUAACUGAUGACCCACGCGCUCCGUUGUUAUCGCGAAACAGAAUUGACGAAGCCGACAAUGUCUCACGCAACAGUGCUGAUGAAGCGGUAUCGAAUACUGAUUACGGCAGCGGCGUUUAUCGAUAUCCACUCUAUCUGCAGCCUGGGCAAUUCACUUCAUUGGAGAAGUUAAUGUUCUUUGUCAGCUCGAUAUUGCUUAUAUUCCUUUGUAUCUUCAUUGGAUUGUACGCACGCAGCAGCUUUGGGGAUAGUUUACCAUCACCUCUUCCAUCACCGACUGCUGAACCCACCCCGAUACCACCACCUGAUAAGGACGAGCAUUACUGCCUGGAACCUAGCUGUAUUUUGGCAUCUGCAUAUAUUCUUCAAGAUGUGAACUUGAACAUGGAUCCAUGUGACGACUUUUAUGCAUAUGCAUGCAGUAACUGGAUUAAUGAUCGUGUCUUACGCGAGGACAUGGCUAAAACGAGCGUGCAAAGCGUUGCAAACGAGAGAACCAAGCAACUACUCAACGAGAUUCUCAAUCAUCCAUUCAAUGACAGUCAUGCUACUCCUCCCCUAUCUUCUUUAUUGCCACCUCCAGACCGUAUCCUUGAUGAACAACUAUUUCAAAAGUUACGGGAUUUCCAACAUGCCUGCAUGGAUGAAGAAACAAUCGAACGAUAUGAUAUUACGCCUUUUUACGACAUGUUUCGAACCAUCAGAGAUUAUUUACCUCUCAAAUACUAUUAUGCAAUGAGCUCUCCUCCUCCUCCUCCAUUUGUCCAUGGUCUCAGUCAUGCGUUGAUUUAUCUUGCUCAACAAAAUGUUUGGCCACUAUUCGCAUUUCAUGUGGGUGUCGAUCCCCAAGAUAGUUCACGUCCAAGCCUUUCCAUAGGGCAGGGGGAACUAGGCCUUCCAUCGCAUGUAUAUUAUAAAGAUUCGGAUAUUUUGAAUGUCUACAGUGAAGUUGUAGAGGAGAUCUUGAGCACAGUGUUCAGCAGAGACGACGCAAACGAGUUUGGAUGGAAAACAUGGAGCCCAGUAGCUACUGCACGACGAAUUAUCAACUUUGAAAAGGAGCUAGCAACAACGCAUCAUCAGAACAUGGAACGAUGGUCCCUUGAUCAGCUACAAAAGGCAGCUCCAAACAUCGACUGGUCGAUCAUUAUUGAAGCUUUAUUACCGCGUGGCACGCCCAUUCCUCAAGACAUAUUGAUUCCGUCAUCAACAUUUGUCAUUGACUUGUCAGGUCGAAUUGUACAAGGCACCAACACACGCACACUGCAGUUAUAUUUGAUUUGGCGGGUUCUCUGGAAAUAUUUGGAUACCCUUGGAGAAGAAUUUAUAGCACCUCGCCGCAAGUUGGAUGCUAAGCUGUACGGUGUUGAAGUACGUGCCAAACCACCAAGAUGGCAGACUUGUUUAGCUUACGCUGAUCAUCCGUUUGGUUUUCUACUGGGUCGUUACCUUGUAAAACGUAUAUUGGAUGAUGUUGCAGAACAACAGGCGGAUGAACUAUUAACAAGUAUUGGUCAUACCCUUUCUGAACGUAUACAAUCCUUGGAUUGGAUACAUGUUGAAGAUAAGCAAAAAUUCCAAUACCAGAUGUCACAUAUUAAUCACCAAGUUGGAUACCCGAAAUCACAUCCUGACACUCGAUCCGCUAUUUCACUCGCCGAAUAUUAUGCCGAUGCUAUCGUCAAUAAGGAUAACUUCUUUGAGAGCAUCAGAAGUGUCAACAAAUGGCAUGUGAAACAGACCUUGGGGCGCUUAUCAUCUAGUGUCGAUCCCAAUGCAUGGGAUAUAUCACCCCAAUACACCGAAGCUUUGUAUGAUCCUUUACAAAACAAGCUUCAAGUUCCUGCAUCCAUUCUUCGUAUGCCUUUUUUUAAUGUACAGCUCCCUGAAUUUUUAAACUAUGGUCAACUUGGAGCGAUGGUGGGCCGAGAAAUUCUGCAUGCGUUCAAUGGAAGAGAAUGGAGCAAUUCAACGACAACAGCUUUCGAAAAUAAGGCCAAAUGUUUUAUUCAUCAAUAUUCCAAGUUUACUAUUGAGGGAGAACAUGGAGAUACCUACCAUGUGGACGGUGAACAAACUUUGAAGCAGAAUAUUGCAGACAAUGGAGGCUUGUUGCACGCUUAUCUUGCAUGGAAACGUCAUGUCGGACAAAAUGAUCUUCCACCAGGAUUAGACGCUUGGUCUCGAGAACAAUUGUUUUUUAUUAGCUUUGCUCGGAUGCAAUGCAGUAAAAGUACGACACAGAGUGAUUUACAUGAGUUAUCAACAAGUAGCAAUGCCCCCAGUCGUUGGCGCGUGAAUGGUCCGCUGAUGAAUUCUAAGGAAUUUUCAAAAGCAUUCUCAUGUCCAGUUGGAAGGCCUAUGAAUCCUAAAGAUAAAUGUCUUGUAUGGUAG